CGGAAGCGGGGGUUUCCACAGCGGAGAAGGGAAGGGCGACCUCCGCGUUUGGACUUUCUCGGAGCUCAGGGGCCGUAGGAGCUGAGAGGCCGCCGCUCCUACCCUCUUCACGUUCGACCGACGCUGCCGACAGACACUGACUUGUUGGAUGAGCAGGCACCUCUGGAAGAAUCAGUUGUGUGAGAUGGUGCAACCUAGUGGUGGUCCUGUAGGGGACCAGGACAUGCUAGGUGAAGAGUCUUCUCUGGGGAAGCCAGCCAUGCUACAUCUGCCUUCAGAGCAGGGCACCCCUGAAAGCCUCCAACGCUGUCUGGAGGAGAAUCAAGAUCUCCGAGAUGCCAUCCGUCAGAGCAACCAGAUGCUGCGGGAGCGCUGUGAUCAGCUGCUCCAUUUCCAGGUCAGCCAGAGGGAGGAGAAGGAGUUCCUCAUGUGCAAAUUUCAGGAAGCCAGGAAGCUGGUGGAGAAACUGAGCCUGGAGAAGCUUAACCUAAGGAGACAGAGGGAGCAGGCCAUGCAGGAAGUUGAGCAGCUGAAGAGAUGCCAACAGCAGAUGGCUGACGACAAGGCUUCUGUGAAAGCCCAGGUGACAUCAUUACUGGGGGAGCUCCAGGAGAGCCAGAGUCGCCUGGAGGCUGCUACCAAAGAACUCCAGGCUUUGGAGGGCAGGGCGCGGGCAGCCAGCGAGCAGGCCAGGCAGCUGGAGAGCGAGCGGGAGGCUCUGCAGCAGCAGCACAGCGUACAGGUGGACCAGCUGCGGAUGCAGAGCCAGAGCAUGGAGGCUGCCCUGCGCAUGGAGCGCCAGGCUGCCUCAGAGGAGAAGCGGAAGCUGGCCCAGUUGCAGAUGGCUUAUCACCAGCUCUUCCAAGACUACGACAACCACAUCAAGAGUAGCAUGGUGAGCAGUGAACGUAAGCGAGGAAUGCAACUGGAAGACCUCAGGCAGCAGCUCCAGCAGGCUGAGGAGGCCCUGGUGGCUAAGCAGGAAGUGAUUGACAAGCUGAAGGAGGAGGCUGAGCAGCACAAGACUGUGAUGGAGACGGUGCCAGUUCUCAAGGCCCAGGCGGAUAUUUACAAGGCAGACUUCCAGGCUGAGAGGCAGGCCCGUGAGAAGCUGGCUGAGAAGAAGGAGCUUCUGCAGGAGCAGCUGGAGCAGCUACAGCGGGAGUACAGCAAGCUGAAGGCCAGUUGCCAGGAGUCAGCCAGGAUUGAGGAUAUGAGGAAGCGGCAUGUAGAGACCUCCCAGCCCCCUUUGCCCCCUGCCCCAGUUCAUCACUCCUUUCACCCGCCCAACCAGAGGAGAAGCCCCCCUGAGGAGCCACCCGACUUCUGUUGUCCCAAGUGCCAGUAUCAGGCUCCUGAUAUGGACACUCUACAAAUCCAUGUGAUGGAGUGCAUUGAGUAGGGCUGGCUGCUCCAACGACACCAGCAUAUGCUAUGCUCAGGACAAAGCAAUCUAUGCUUGCCUCUCCUGCCUGCUUAGACCAGAACUAAGGACUUAGUGCCAAAAAGCCGACCCCAGGAAGUAACUGCAGGGCCCUUCCUUCAGUGUUUUUGUCUGCUAGUCCACUUCUUUUGGGGUAAUUGGAGCUCCAGUCAGGUCUCAUGUUUUUCUCUUUUCCUUCUGUUCUGUCUGCCUUAACUAUACACUUCUGGUGGCAAAUCUUGUCUCUGCCCCUCUAGAAUGGAGGCCAGGGGCACUCAAGGAAAACCACUUCCCUAAUCACACCUGGGUGUAGCUUGACUUCUCUCUGGCUGUUGAUUUGCCUACCCUGAGCCCUUGAGCUGCAGUCUUUCCACCUGGGCCACAUGACACGCUACUUUGUUGCCAUACCAUGGUAUGUUUAACCAGUGCCAUUAAUGGCCGUUUGCCUUUUCUCCCCUAGUAUUUUUGCUACCAUUAAUGAUUUGGUGAAGAUGCUUUCACACCAAUCAUGUGUGUCUUUGGAAUGCUUAGAAGUGGUACUGCAGUCUUUCCAGGAGGAGGUGGGCAGAUAGAUUUCUGGGUUUUGCCGUCCACUAGGUAUGAAGUGACCUUGAGCAUCAUUCUGCGGGAACUGGGCUACUCAGUUCCCUGCCAUGUGAAGGCUGUUCAUAUUUCUUACCAAUUUCUCUCUCUAGCCAUUAUCUUUUGUUUCUGGGCUUUUAGGAGCUCUUUAGUCAUUAUUAUGAUUAGCACAUAUGGUGUCCCAUUUUGGUUUUAUUAUCUUUUUCUCUUUAGGUAGUCACAUUUAUCCAUUUUUUUCUUUUCACUGCUUUGGGUUACAAACAAACGUUUGUGUUACAAACACUUUGUGCUCUGACAGGAUGCUUCAUACAUGUAUACUCUUUUAUUUUUCCCCUAACACUGAAGUGGUCUCUUAGCUAAGUGUGUUACUCUCCAGGGUGAAUGGUGAUGGCCAUGGUUUCUCGCAUUUCACAGGUGUGCAAUGCCAUAUCCUACCCAGUCCCAAAUGCUCUGGCCUUGUAAACGAAAGCCAGUUGACAAUGACCGGCACAUUAGGAACAAGGAGAGUUUUCACUAGUUUUGCAAGGUUCUGGAUAUUUUCUUGUAUAUCACGGCCGUGGGUUUCAACCCUGCAAUUGUAGUAACAGAAAGAAAGCUGAAGUUGAGAAACUACAACACACAUAGACAACU